AGGUAGCAGUUGCUUUAUUUUCCACGCAACCUGAAGUUUAAUUUGAUUUCUAGAAAGGUGAUGCAAGAGUAACAAAUCAAGUUGUCUUCGUCGGAACAGCAGUUCUCUAUAAUAUGGAGAUGGCCUGUGGAUCCAGAGCAUCAAAUCGAUGGACUUGGGUGUGGCCUUGUUCCUCCUUAGCGUCGGCUUGACCACACUGUCACUUCUCAUCGGGAGAAUUCUAUCUUCGCAGCGGCGGCUCCCUCCAGGUCCCUUCUGUUUCCCCAUUUUUGGAGCACUCUUCUCCCUCCAGGAGCCACUCCACCAGCACUUUGCGAAGAUCAGCAAGAAGUAUGGGCCGAUUGUCUUCCUCAAGGUCGGAAUGGUCCCGUUUGUGGUGGUGACCGACAAGGAAAUGGCAGCGCAGGUUCUUAAGGCCCACGACCUCGAGUUUGCAAGCCGACCGGACGAAGAGUUCUUUCGGAUCGUCAGCCACGACUGGAACGAUCUUAUCCUGGCGCCCAUCGGUGAGAAGUGGAAGACAAUGAGGAGGAUUUGUAGCACACACCUGUUUAACAACAGUACGCUAAAGGCUAGCGCAGGAUUCCGGGAGUCGGAGAUGAAGCAUGCAGUCAAGGCCAUUUUCCAGCAUUCCGGGACAACGAUCAAGCUGCAAGAGGUUUUGAGCAAUCUCGCGUCAAAUUCACUAUGCCUGGUUCUUUUUAGCAAGCGGGGGGUGGAAGUGGUGGAUCUCAUCCGGAACAUACUCGGUCUAAGCUUGAACUUGAACAUUGGAACCCUGCUUCCGGCACUCGACUGGCUGGAUCUUCAUGGAGUCUACAAGAAGCUCAACACGGAGCUCGUACCUCGCCUUAAGCUCGUGCUGGAAGAUCAAAUCGACAAGCAUCGACGCAGGAAAGAUGAAGCUGGGGAUACAUUCGUCCCUCAGGACUUCACCGACGUUCUUAUAUCUCUCGAGGACAAGGAUAAGCUGUCAAACAUCUCCAUCUUGGCACUGCUCUCGGACAUGGUUAUUGCAGGGUUGGAAACUUCACUAGUGACGCUCGAGUGGACGAUGGCGGAGCUCAUAAACCAUCCCCAAGUCAUGUCCAAGGCUCAAGAGGAGAUCGACAGCGUUGUAGGGACAGCUCGCGCGGUGCAAGAGUCCGACCUUCCAAACCUUCCAUACAUCGAAGCCAUUGUCAAGGAAUCACUGCGUCUCCACCCGGCGGUGCCACUGGGCGCUCCUCACAUGAAUCCCAAGCCUGUCAAGCUGGGAGGCUACACCAUCCCUGGCGGCUGCAAGGUUCUCGUAAACAUAUGGGCCAUUGGACGCGAUCCCGCUCGCUGGUCCGACCCAGAAGCGUUCCAGCCGGAGCGCUUUCUCGGCUCCUCCAUCUCUCCCAACGGGCAGAACUUUGACUUCCUUCCAUUCUCAUCGGGGAGGAGAGUUUGUGUUGGCUAUCCACUCGCGAUGAGAUCCAUCCCUUUUUUCGUGGCCAGUUUGCUCCAGGCAUUCGAUUGGAGUCCUGCUAACCCGAGCGGGAUCGACAUGGAAGAAUGCACGAGAAGUACAACUAUGAAGCUGAAUGCUGACUUGCUUGUAAACGCGUCCAUCAGGGUCGAUCAAAAUAUAAUAUAAAGCUUUCUAUACCAUGUUGAUUAAAUUGUUUA